UAAUCUGUGGUGUAGUACACGUCAAAAACUCAUUAAAUGUCUUGACUAGUAUUACCAACUAUUUCAGUAUUUGUGAGAAAAAUUGUAUUGAAAUCAACGUGAUAAAAAUAAAAAGUAACCAUGCAAGGACCUGCGGUGUUUAUGGAUAUAUCGCUUGAAGAUCAAGCUCAGGAGCUCAGAAAAUAUUUUAAGAGUUUGGGUGCUGAGAUAUCAGAAGAAAAGUCGCCAAAAGGUAUUGAAGAUGAUUUGCAUAAAAUUGUUGGUGUAUGUGAUGUUUGCUUCAAAGAAACCAAUGAAGCAGAUGUGGAAGCUAUACUCAACAGUAUAGUCUCUAUCAUGGUUUCAAUUCCAUUAGAAAGAGGUGAAAAUCUCAUAUUGGCAUUCAGUCAAAGGCUUACUAAAGCUCCUGGUCCGAAGCUUGGCAUGGUUGCCCUACAAUCAUUGUGGCGGCUCUACAACAAUUUAGAGUCAAAUUCUCCACUUCGGUACCAUGUUUACUAUCAUGUAAUAGAGUUGGCUGCACGAUUGGGCUCUGUUGGAGAUGUAUUUAAGGGAGUAGAACAACUGAGAACUGAGUUUGCAAGUUGCCCACCAUCUAAUGAACAAAUGCAAAAGCUGUACAGACUGCUUCACCAAGUGUUGAAAGAUCAAAACAGUGAACUAGCAGCAAAGGUGAUGAUAGAGCUAUUAGGCACUUACACAGAUGAGAAUGCAUCGUAUGCACGGGAAGAUGCCAUCAAGUGUAUAGUGACAGCUCUGGCAGAUCCCAACACAUUCCUUUUAGACCCACUGUUGGCAUUGAAACCAGUCCGCUUUUUAGAAAGGGAGCUAAUUCACGAUCUACUAAAUAUCUUUGUCUCUGAAAAGUUGUCUAGCUAUCAAACCUUCUACAACAAUCAUAAGGAGUUUGUGCAUUCUCAAGGUUUGAACCAUGAACUAAACAUUAAGAAAAUGAGGAUACUGACCUUCAUGCAGAUGGCAGAAUCUAACCCUGAAAUCACUUUUGACGAAAUUAUCUCUGAACUCGAAAUUGAAGAGAAAAAUGUAGAAGCAUUUGUUAUUGAAGUUCUGAAGACACGUCUGGUGCGCGCGCGUAUGGACCAAGCGGCCCGCACGGUGCGCGUGUCCAACACGAUGCACCGCACGUUCGGUCGUGCGCAGUGGGCGACGCUUCGCGACGUGUUAGUAUCGUGGCGCGGCAACGUGAACCACGCGCACGAGGCAAUGAAGUCAGUCGCCGCCGCGCAAUCCGAGUACGCCGCGCAGCUGGCGAAACCUUGAGCACAAAUAUCAUGACGUUCACUAACGUCACUCCGCCAUUUAAUCGACUAUACACACCUCAGAGAAAGGAAUAUAGGUAAAGAGAGCUUUAAAAAAUCACCUCAAAUUAUAAGUGUCCCAAGGCUGGUCUCAUAGAAGAGACAGUAAAGAUCUUCCAAUUUCAAUGCGAUUUGGCUACAGCCUUAUGGCAAUCAUAACAAAGGCUUGUUGUCUCGACAACCCCUCUGGUGCUGCUUUGUUUUCUUAAUUCCUUAAAAACAAGAGGUUGGGUUCAAUUUUCAGUGUAGGUCUGAUUUGGGAAUUUAGAAAUUGGCGUUUUUGCCAUUUGUUGAUAUUUUCGAGCAACUGUUAUAUUAACACGGAAUGUAAUGCAUUGUAGACACUCGGUAUGAACCAAUGACCGGUUCAACUAGUUUCAUAUAAAAAAACGCAUACAAAUUUUAGCCUUUUGCUACAUUGUUUUGUAAGUUUAACAAUAGCUAGGACUCGCUCUAUCUGUAUUCUUUCUCUGAGGUAACACUCGCAACUGUGCAAUGUAAGCAACACAUGAUAGAACUUUUCCGGUAUGUUUUUCCUAAAUAAAUAGCUAGGUGAUUUUAUAAUUAUAAUUAAUUUUAAUAAUUAAGUCACAAUAAUAAUAUAAUUAUAUAAUUUGGAGUUACACAACAUUUACGGACACAUAUCGCCAAGUUAACAAUCUUUGCCGGACACUGCACAGAUGUGUGUUUAUAGUCUUUUAACAAUACCCACACAGAUGCAAAAUUGCGGUUCAUACUAAUUUACAAAAAUUACAGUCGUGAUUUUGCAAUUGUUUGGAAAAUAUAAUGUAUAUACCAUUUAUACUUUUCCGGAAUAAUAAACAUAAAACAAUA